AUGCUUGCCAAAGUAAUUGCCUUGCUUCUUGUUGGCGUCGUGUGUGGUCAGCGAAUCGAAGAUCCCAUCGGGCCUCCGCAGCCGUACACGUUUUCGUACGAUAUCAAGAACGACUUCGGGACGCGACUGAGCCAAACGGAGAGCGGGGACGAGAACAACGUCAAGACGGGCACGUACUCUUAUUCAGAGGCAACCGGCAUUUUCCGGAAUGUAAACUACAUCGCCGAUAAGGAUGGAUUCCGUGUUACCGUCGACACCAAUGAACCGGGCACGAAGUCAUCCGCGCCAGCUGACGUUGUCAUCAACUCCCAGGUGAUCACCCAUGCCAUCUACGUGCGACCUGAGUCGGUCAUAGACGAUGCACGUGGUUCUCAACUGAGGCUUCAGGAAAUGUCGCUCGAAGUACCGGUUGGCUCCAGCGUACAGGUGUUUCUCCUAGCGUGCCUCGCCGUUUACGCAGCCGGGCAAACAGUUGUUCAACCGGUGGAGUCACCUCCGCAACCGUAUAGCUUUAGCUAUGAUACCACUGACGAGUACGGCACUCGGAUGACGCGCGAGGAGACCAGCGACGAGUACAACAACAAGGUCGGAUCCUACAGCUACACGGACCCGAACGGCAUCACACGCACGGUGCACUACGUCGCCGACGCUGACGGCUUCCGCGUCACUAUCGAGACAAAUGAGCCUGGCACCCGCACUUCGAACCCCGCCGACGCGCAGAUCACCUCUUCGGCCGUUGAGCCGCCGCCCACUUAUGCGCAAGCCGCUCCUGUCGCCUAUCAUGCACCGGUCACCGUGCAUGCCGUGCACGCUGGUCCGGAUGCCGUAGCGGUACACGGUGCCCCGACUGCCGCCGCUGUGCAUGCUGCCCCGGUGGCUGGCGUCACUCUCCACGCUGUUCAUGGCGCACCAGUCGCCGUACACGCAUCGCCUGUGACCCUGCACGCGGCGCCCGUGUCGUACGCAACGGCGAACCACGCAGUGCCCCUGUCGGUCGUGGGGCGAGCCAAGAGUCGCCGUUAAUAAGCUACGUCCAUGGCGCUGCUUGCUUCGAGAAUCAGGGAUCAGUGAUCAGUGCUUUUCUCUUCCUCUAUCCAUUUGUUGCUGCUUGCAAUUCGCGCCGGUGUGGAGACCCUCUUUAAGCUUGAUUACUUUGGGCUGAAAGUAUGUGUGUGACACGCAAAUUCCUCUGUGAGCUUACUUACACGCUGAGAUAUCUGUUCAUGCUAGCGCUCGUAUUCGGUUCUUAAUGUUUUCUAUGCUUCUCUAGCUAACAUAGUGGUGUCUUGUAUAACGCAGCAGAGAAACUCAUACGUAAGACUAGAUCAUCUCGUAUGGAGGCCUCUGCUUGCUGGUCCUGCUGCCAUGCCCGCAGACACUUUUCUGUAGGUUUGCUGCACUAGUCGUUGAGUUAGCCGCACACAAAGCAGCGUUAAGCGCCUAGCUAUCUACCAACAAACAUCAAAAACACACCUAGAAAGCAAGGUAAUCGAACUAUUUCUCCUGUAUUCGCAAACGAUCGUUGACUAAAAGCUAUUGUUCGACACCACCGAGUGUCUACAAAUGCCGCCGUUUGCCACCGAGUGGCUCACAGCGUCUCUCUUCCAUUGAAGACACUGUGCUUCAUUAACGCCCCUAGUCCACUCCAACGGCGAAGAGUUCCCUGAGGAGCACACCUUGACUCCACUGCUUUCGAAUAGUCGCCGACAGCAUCUGCUGAGCCUAAUUGCACUCAGAAAUCAACGUGCAGCCUCAUUGAAACGCAGUGACGACUUCAUUUGAACGGCCACGCUUCAAUCAAAUUUCUUAAGUCUCAAAGGCAACCUGCGCCGGAAUAAAAGUCUAGAAUAUGUGGAUGUCUUUUUGUUCUUUUGCUUGGUUGAGUGCACAAAACUUCACGUUAAUAUCAAAUACUACACAAUCCUUCUACGAUAUGUUUUGUAAAGUUUGAUAUUUGUGCUAAUUGCCCUAACAAAUGCAUUGUCUUGCUCAGACGUUCACUUACGAGUUUUAACUCGAAGGAGCGCAACGCAUGUAAAAUUCUAUGUUCUUUUGUUGUUUGUUUUAGUGCGAUGGGAUUGUUUUAUCUGCAGUAUAUUUGCUAACAUGAGGACGUAAAUGUGUCUUGUUUUGUACACCGUAGGGAGGAAGGCAACCUUCGCCAGCUUUUUGUGUUUGCUGAAAAUGUGUUAUAACAUGUGCAUUGAAACUAAAAUGUCCUUGGUGUUUUGAAACCCCUAACAAAUAUUUGUGACUCCCUGUGUAACCUAAAAUGUCUACAACCAACCGCAUGUAAUACUGGACGAAGGUUCAAAUACGUAGACACUAACGAAUGCCCAAGAAUGUACAGACCUUCAAAAAAUAAAGAAAUAAACGUAAAGCCUAUCCUCUUUAGUCACCUUUCUCUUAUUAAGGAUGCAAAUAGACACACACUAAACACGCAGAAAAAAAAGGCUACCCUUGUUUCAAAUUUGGGUUUUAUAUUUAUGAAACAUACACUCGUAAUGUAUUUCUGGACGCGGAGGCUACUGCUAAAUUCUCCCUAAGGUUUGUCAUGAAUAAAAAUAAAAAGUCAGCAAUGGAAAACGACAUUGCUUUCCGACUAUUUCUAGACUUUUAUCUUCCUUCGCGACUUGAUUUGUGUCAUCUUGUUAGAGUAAGCAAGAUGUGGGAAAAAAUCAUGUUUAAUAAGUGAGAAUAGGACCUACCAUGUUCAGAUUUUAAUAACCCUUAGUGGCUACAACAAUAUGACGCACUAUCGCGCUCAAAAUUAGCUACAACCCGAAAGCCCAUGGCAGUGCGGUCAUGCUUUUACCUCAUACUGAGCGCGACAGUAGAUAAUUUUUCGAAUGGUACCAAUCAGUUCAAACAAUUCAGCUCUUUUCCUCGGUCUUGGGCAGGCUUGUUUCUGUUAACGAAGCUAAAUUGUGACCUAUGUAACGUGUAACAGUUGCUCCUACAAGUAUCAUGGCUAAUGGAAAUGUCUUGGAAAUUCUACGAAACAUUUGCGUGGUGCCUACUUUACAGCACGAUUGCUAAAGCGAGAUUACCUCUGAUUUCAACAACAUAUGUGUUUAUGCUUUGUAUUACGGGAAUCAUGCCGAGUCAUUUUUCGCUGUCUUCGCGUGGCGUGAUGGUCCCGUUUUGGUUACAUUAAAGCUGGAUUGACACGACGAACCGCACUGCCGAUUUCCUCGGCGGACGAGCGUGGCGCAGCUAUGUGUAGCCGUAUCAGCUUAGCCGUGCCAGGCUUCUGCCCUCGAAGUGAACCAGCGGUUUGUGCGGUAGUGUGAGCCUAGCUUAAAUGGGUUCCUCAGAUGAAACAAACAUCACUGUUCACACGCAUGCAAUGUUCCUCAUGGACUAUUUUCCUUCCCUGUCAACACAACUGCUACAUCUGCGGUCUGGGCAUACAAAUGGGGAAGAAGUUUGUGGACUUAUUUGGGAAAGUAGCCAAUACUGUUCUUCACAGUAUUGCAGUGAACGAAAUCUUAUAUUGUACCAUUACGGGCAAACCCACCAAAAGACACUGUUUGUUUCAUCGUUUUAUUUUGGAUGGCCUGAAUGGCAGCCCUAUUGGUCUGUGCGCAGUGUACUGUGAAAAUUUGUUAUGUAUUAAAAACUAACGCUUGCAUUUCUUA